ACGACACAUUCACGCACUUCUGCUCUGCGGCUACGACAUAUACAUAUUCCAAUUCUCUCGAGGGAGAGGUUCGGAGUUUUCAGGCCUACAAAAGAUCGUGAGCACGCACUUACCCGUGGCGCGCAUCUCAUUAUAGAUAUAUAGAUAGAACCUAAUCUACACGAGCAACGCUCACACUGUCUGGCUCUGUGCUGCCGCUGCUCGUGACGAGACGACUGAACGCGUGUGCCUGUGUGCGUGUACUGCUGCUGUGGUUUUUAUACUGCUGCGGCAUUAGUGUAAUUUUUGCGUGUGUCCCGAAAGCAUCAGUGUGCCGCAGAGCGGGCGCUGUGAUUCACCUGACUCGAAACGAUGGCCGGAGUUAUAACCCACUCGGGUCGAACCGCGACCAGUGCCCUUAAACGCAUGACCCUGCUGCAGUCCAAGGUGGUGCGAACGUUCUACGUAGGAGGUUCUUCAUCUAGCGUUCAUGCUCAAAAAGUCUUGAAUCAAAUUUUAAAACAAAAUAAGAGCAAAACCUACACACCUCAUGUUUUCAAUGCUGAAAUAAGAUAUUUAAGAACAUCAUCAUCGUUAUGGGAAGUCAAAGAUGUUGUUGUCCCGCCGUUUGCUGACAGUAUAAGCGAAGGAGAUGUGAGGUGGGAAAAGAAAGUUGGAGAACAAAUCAAAGAAGAUGAGGUGAUUUGUGAAAUUGAAACUGAUAAGACAUCAGUUCCAGUUCCAUCUCCAGCAGCUGGUGUUAUUAAAGAAAUUUUCAAACAAGAUGGUGAUACUGUCACAGCUGGUACAAAAUUGUGUACUGUUGAAGUGGGAGCAACUGGCACAGUUUCUGCGCCAAAAGCUGCUGAGCCAACCCCUGCUGAACCACCUAAGGCAGCUGCUCCUCCACCACCUCCGCCACCACCAACACCUGUAGCUGUUCCUACUCCAGCUACCCCAAAACCAGCUCCACCACCACCACCUGCAGCUGCACCACCUCCACCUCAAGCUCCAAAAGCUUCUAUGCCAGUUGCUGCUAUCAAACAUGCUCAGUCAUUGGAAGGUGCUAAAGUUGUAUUACCCCCACAAGAUUAUACUCGCGAAAUCAUUGGAACUAGAACUGAACAAAGAGUAAAGAUGAACAGAAUGCGACUACGUAUUGCCGAACGACUAAAAGAUGCUCAAAACACUAACGCGAUGUUGACUACGUUUAACGAAAUCGACAUGAGUGCCAUCAUUGAUUUCCGUAAAUCGAAUCAAGAAGCUUUUUCAAAGAAAUAUGGACUGAAAUUGGGCUUCAUGAGUCCAUUCAUUGCAGCUUCAGCAUAUGCUUUGAAAGAUCAACCCGUGGUCAAUGCCGUCAUCGAUGGUAAUGACAUCGUCUACAGAGAUUACGUUGAUAUUAGCGUAGCUGUAGCUACUCCUAAAGGUCUUGUUGUGCCUGUUUUGCGAAGUAUUGAAAAUAAGAAUUUUGCUGAAAUCGAAAUAGCUUUAGCCGCUGUUGGCGACAAAGCGAGAAAAGGCAAAAUUUCGAUCGAAGACAUGGACGGCGGUACUUUUACGAUAAGUAAUGGAGGCGUCUUUGGUUCUCUCAUGGGUACACCAAUUAUCAACCCUCCUCAAAGUGCUAUUCUUGGAAUGCAUGGUGUGUUUGACAGACCAGUUGCAGUCAAGGGACAGGUUGUCAUUAGACCAAUGAUGUACAUAGCUCUUACUUAUGAUCAUCGACUGAUCGACGGACGUGAAGCUGUUAUGUUCUUGAGGAAAAUCAAAGAAGCAGUAGAGGAUCCUAGGGUUAUUUUAGCUGGUCUAUAAAUGUUCACGGAAAAGUAUAUUUGCCUCAAGCAGCGGCUUCUUACUUGUACAAAGUCAUAGGUCACUUGUUUUUGAAAACUAUAGUUUCAUCUUAAGAACUUUGAUGUUGUUAAUUUUCUUGAAAGAUGGAUCUGUGAUUCAACGAAAGUAAAAUCAAGAGCUCUCAUGUGACGUAUUUCAAGAAUCAUUAUCCAGCUUAAGCAGUAUUUGUGAAAUAAAACAUAGUUUUUAAUUAACUAAUAAUACAUUUCUUUUAAUUAUCAAUAUUUUAUGGUAGCUCAUUUUAUCACUUCAUCAUUUUAUAAAAUACCUACAUAUUAUAACUUUCAAUAAAAAAGAUUGUGAAUUAGUAGUUGCGAUUUAAUGUAUUUGUUUGAAUAUUUGAUUAAUUCUAAUUGAUCUGAAAUGUAUUAGUAGUUAUUAUUUAAAUCAAGAUUCAAAGAUUAUGUGUGCGCCAGUUUUAAAAAGUUUUCUUUACCAUUAUUACACAAUGUCAUUAAAAUUAAUGAAUUCACUGCCAUGAAUAAAUGAAAAUUUUAUAACAACUUUGUUCAUUGAUAUGAAAAAUAAAAUGUAAAUAAUAAAUUAUCAAAUUUCUCCUCACUUCCGAAAGUUAGAUUUUACGUUCACUGACGUGAUGCUAAAGAUGAUAAAUAUGAUCAUGAACUCUUUAACGAUCGAUACGAAAAAAAAUUUAAACAACGAUAAGAGGAAAAUCACUGAAAAUUCAUGCUCUUUAUCAUGAUAAAAUUGUACUUAAAGAUUAUCAAUAAAUCAAAAAGUUACCGCAAA